UUGGUCCCUUUUCCUGUCCGUAGCCCUCACGCUGUUGUCAGCGGGCUAGGUCCAUUGAAUUAUGAAGAGAGCUGACAUAAUUUAGUCUGGAUCAGAACAAUCCUCCUCUGAUUAAUCCAUGAUUUCCCGAUUUAGAUUUUGGUGUGAUCCGCCAAAUAUUAUCGGUUAGUUACAUUGAUCAAUCAGAGAAUGUCUGGAGCGGUUGGCGGAGGGGCGUCAUCUUGCAUCGGUGCUGCAGCUGCAAGUUGUAGCUCGACUGGGUUUGUCUCUGGCGCAGUCGGCGGGUGCGUGGGCAUAGCAGGAAGGUUACCAUCUCGGGUGUUGGAGCAUUUGUUUUCUUAUCUAGAUUUACCGGACUUGAUGCGCUGUACUUUAGUUUGCUGGCAUUGGAACAGCGUCCUAGCAGAUGAAAACAGUGAGGUGUGGCGGAGCCUCUGCGCCCGCUCCCUCACUGAAGAGGCUCUUCGCUCUGACAUUCUCUGCAACAUACCGACUUAUAAGGGCAAGUUGAAAUCUCUGCAACACGCUCUCAGCUCCCAUGACUGCUCGCGGAACGUCUACGUGAAGAAGAAUGGAUUUACUCUUCAUCGGAACCCCAUCGCCCAGAGCACUGACGGCGCUCGCGGGAAGAUUGGUUUCACCGAGGGCCGACAUGCCUGGGAGAUUUGGUGGGAGGGACCCUUGGGCACCGUGGCUGUCAUAGGCAUCGCCACCAAACGGGCCCCCAUGCAGUGCCAAGGUUAUGUAGCUCUCCUUGGGAGUGACGAUCAGAGUUGGGGAUGGAACUUGGUGGACAACAACCUCCUUCAUAACGGAGAAGUUAAUGGCAACUUCCCACAAUGCAACAACGCGCCUAAGUAUCAGAUAGGAGAAAGGAUACGCGUAAUCCUGGACAUGGACGACAAGACGCUGUCAUUUGAAAGAGGCUUUGAGUUCCUGGGCGUGGCUUUCCGCGGCCUUCCCAAAGCGUGCCUCUUCCCAGCCGUCUCCGCCGUGUAUGGCAACACUGAAGUGACAAUGGUGUACCUGGGAAAGCCUCUCGAUGGCUAGCUUGCCACGCAGUAGGAGGGUCCUGCACGGAUGGUUGAUGGGUUGUGUGCCAUUGGAGGGGUGGUACUUUGUAGACUCUUGAAACAUUCCACAACAGGAGUGAAAUUGCGCUCCCCUGGACCUUUGGCUGGUGGAGUGGGGUGGUUGGAUGCAGGCUUUUCUGAUCAAACCACACAAGUUUGUCAAUCGACGUACCAAAAUUGAGCUGCUGGGACUCUUUUAUCUUGUUUGCCUGGGAUGGUUUCUUGUAUAUAUUUUUUUCUUGUAACUUAUGAAAGGACGCCGCUGAUGGAAAAUGGUUACGUGUCAGUUUUACAUCUGUCAAAAACAAAAGCCAAAUCAGACUGGAUAUGUGGCAAAUGUUUUUAUAAUGCACUGCAAUUCCGCUACACAGUUGUCAUAGGUGGUGGUGUUGGCCUCAGUAAAUGUGAAAACACAAGGUGUUUUGAUUUCAUAGCACAAACCGUUAUUGCGCAGAACUAAACCUGGGAUGACUUCAUGCCAAAAUAAUGUUUUCAACCUGUUUAGAAGACAAACAUCGGUAUCGGUGUCAAAUAUCGGUGUCACCUUAAUCUCCAAAAGUGCAUCAGGGGUCAGCAGUUGCAUGCAGUAUAGCCUCUUGAACUGUUGUUGUUUGUGUAGAGGAAGCACAGGUGGGAGAGGUGGUGCCGUGUUGUAUGUAGCUGUACAUCUCCGCUGUGGUGUACGGGCAUAAGUACCUAAAUAUAUUUAUUGAUUAGAUUUUAUCCUUGAUAUCAACGAGGCCCUAUUACCUCGGGAAUAAAGUCUAAUGGUGCCAGUCCUGAUAAGUUA